AGACUCACCAUGGCAAGCGAUUCGUCGAUGACAACAGUUUUUGCUGAUUUUCAGAAAUAUCUUAACGAUGAGCAAGAAAUCAGAGAGCAAAUACGAGUUUUGGUACGAGACAUAGAGCAGACAACACGGGAAAUCCAUACACAACUUCAGCUUGUCCACCAACAUGGCGGAAUCAAGCAAGUGCAGGAGUUCUGUGAAAAAGCUGAGGCUUCUUUUGAGACACUAAGGGAGCAGUACAGAAAAUUGGCUGAAGCUGUUCCACCAGGACAAUACUAUAGGUUUCACGACCAUUGGAAGUUUUCUAUGCAACGUUGUUGUUUUUUGUCAGCUUUCAUAACCUAUCUCCAGACAGAAAAACUAGUAACAAGGGAGGAAACUGCUGCAAAAUUAGGAGUUCAGGUGUCCAGGGACAAUGGAUUUCACAUGGAUCUUGAUGACUUCUUAAUAGGUGUCCUUCAGGUAGCCAGUGAAUUGUCACGAUUAGCUGUUAAUGCAGUCACAGCAAGUGAUUAUUCUCGGCCGUUGCGGAUAGCAAAGUUUGUUGCUGAACUGGACGCUGGCUAUAGACUGCUAAAUCUAAAGAAUGAUGCAUUAAGAAAGCGAUUUGAUGGCCUGAAAUAUGAUCUGAAGAAAGUAGAAGAAAUUGUGUACGAUCUUACUAUCAGAGGCCUAAAAGCAUCAGAAGAUCCACCUAAGGAAUGAAGGGGCAAUAACUCCUGUGACUUUGAAACAAUGUUGUCCACUGUUACUUUGUGACAGUCCUGUGUGUUGGUGACUUGGAAACAAGAGUUUUUUGGUGUUAUAAAUGGCUACAGAGGUGCUGCUACAGUUUGUAAGGACAGAAAAUAAAGCAGAUUCCUAUACAAUGUAUUUCACAACUACAGUAUGGUUUUUCAGACUGUAUUGAAAUGAAGAUAAACAUUUUCUAAUAUGUUAAAUGAUAUGGGUGAAUGCAGGGGACCAAGGAAACACAUGCUGAAAUUAAAUAAAACGUAAAGCAAUUGUCAUGUUUUUCUGUCAAUAAGCCCAUUCAUAUAUUUAUAUCAUAGUUCUCUAGAAUCACUAAACUUUAUAAUUAUUCUGUUUACAGAACUUAGCCAUCCUUUGAACAUGUGUCAUCUCAAGAGAAUCCCCAUUGUUUGUCUUUAUGCAUAAUGCAUGAUCUGACUGAAAGGAUCAGGAUAACUUUUAGCGAUUGUGUUUUGUCUAUCAUCACAGCAAUAAGAAAACUGUUUACAUUUUAAACUUCUCCUCAAGAUCCACCUGAAAUAAUCCUGGUCCUUAUUAAAUGUUGUUAUUUUUUUAGUCAGUCCAAAAUCAGAAAGACACCUAUGGUCGUCAUCUUAAACAAAAAAUUUUUUAACCUCUUUUUUGAAGUUAAAUUGGUGCCAUGGAGUUGAAAAUUGGUGGGAAUGUGAAGGAAGGGAAGCUGACAAAGUGUUGUUAUUAUAUUGCUUCAUCAAAAGGUUCAAUAUGAUAGUCAUAACGGUUAUUUUUCAAACUGAUCGUGCAUUCAUGGAACCUCUAAAACUUCUCAAGUGGUAUUGAUCUGAAACAUAGAAAAAAUGAUCCAGAAAUUGUUUUUGAUUAAAUGUUCUUAUUUUCCAGGUUUCCAUAAAACUGCCAUCUUGAAAACACAUUUUAGACUUCUCCGCUGGUGCCAUUGAGUUGAAUUGUUUUGAGAAUGUUGAGAAACUGAAAUGAGGAGAGAUUGCCUUUGCUGCUAAAUGAUUCCAAAUUGAUUUAAUCAUUUAAUAACUGUUCCUACUACAAAAACUACUACUACUAAAUUUAUAUCCUAUAUAGAACUUGAUAAUCAGAAGACCAUUAAGGCCAAAGGGCUUCUUGUCUUAUUUCUUAUCAUUCUUAAACACUGCUGCUGUGAUUUCAAUAAAAUUUAGCAGAAAGCUUCCACUGGACACUUCUUAACUUAAAUUUUCAAUUUUGUGAUUCCCACCCUCAUGGCUGAAGGACAGUACAAAAUGAGGAAAAAUUUGCUUAUAUUUCAAAAAUCUUCUCCACGCUAAGAUACUGUACAAUAAAAAAUUCAUCAUGAUUAUAGUGAUACUGAGCCUCUUGUAUUGUGAUGUGGAGCACAGGAAGAUAUUAAUAUAGAGACGUAGUUUAUGGCUAAACUGUAAGAGCAUGGAGCAUAUCAUAGUAGCUCAGUACUGUAGGCUGGCCGAUGUUGUGACAUACCGCUGCACACAUUGAGGAAUAUCUGACAUUAAUCAUUCUACAAGCAGACAGUCAACUCGUAAUCUAACAGAGUAUUCAUGUGCAGUGCAGUUAGAACGUAAAACAAUUUUUCAUGUGAAACUUAGUUCUCCCUGAGAUACAAAGAAUGACCAAAGUCUGAUUAUUCAUGACAUAAACUUUAUAUAACAUAAUAAAUAUCAUUUAACAUCAUUUGUUUAAUGCCUGUGCAUUGGUUCUUGGUCCUUUUUAUUUCCUUCCAACACCUGGUUUUUUUUAUUCCUAGCUUCACUGAAAUUCUAUGACGGCCUGGUACUCCAGAAUGGGCAGACAUUGCUGUCAUUAUAAACAAGAAUACAAGAAAACAAAUAAAAACCCUGUAAAGGUAAAUAUGUUAGCGGUGCAAGUAAUGCACUAAAAUAAGAUUGUGUUAAUUGUUGCUUCUGGAUGUUAGAUAUACUUUAGCAUGUAUAUAGUUCAAAUCUGUGGCGUUAACUUUUGUAUUCUGAAAUACAGAAAGUGAAGUAGCAAUAAAUUCCAUGAUCUUUGAUUGACAGGUACUUGCAUUGAUUGACAGGUACUUGUUUAUUUGUUUUUAUGUAAUGUUUAAGGUAUAUAUGAAGAUUUUAGUCAACAUACAAGGAAAAGAACGCUGACAAGUUAUUCAGGUUAAAACUUCCGAAUAGGGAAGAAAGGAUGAUUGUGGUAAUAUGAUUGACCAUGACUGAUUGGUCAGAGCUAUGAAAAGUUUGAUAUAAUAAAUACUUUUAAUCUG